AUGUACAGUACAUAACGACGACAACAAACGCGUCGAUCGUGCUAACACAAAAAUGGCGUCCGACAGAGUAGAUGAUGCUAUUGAUUUUGCUGCAAGAAAGUUAGGUCUUGAUAAGUUUAAAAGCCAACAAGUUAACGCUCUUCGGCAAUUCGCCCAGGGUAAUGAUAUAUUUAUCAAUUUACCAACUGGGUUUGGAAAAAGCUUGAUCUUCCAAGGUUCCACAGUUGUUGUGGACUUUUUGAAAGGUGACCGUGUUCGUGGAAACGACAACAUCAGCGAUUGCGACAAAUCAUUGGUUAUUGUCGUCCUGCCGCUAAAGGCUCUGGCAGUAGAUCAGGGUCAUUCAUCAAGUCAGAGAACAGUUUUUCGGAAGUGCCAUGGCCAGUUAGGAGAGUUACGCUCCAUCUUGAACCAAUCAACGUGCGUUGUAGCGAUGACAGCAACUGCAACAACCACAAUGAGGCAACAAUUGUUGACAGUUUGGGGCUGAGGAACUACAGCUUAAUAGAAGUAAGUCCUGAACGUCAUA